AUGUCUCAUUCUUCCAGUUUAAACUCAAUGGAAUUCUCUUCAGAGAGAAACAGUUCGAGCUGCCAAAUGUCAUCCAAUUCAAGCACAAACAGUUCAACGAAUACAUCUCCAAAGAAUUCCUUCAUCACUCAUGGACGUCCUAGAAAGCUUCGUCACGGAAUCAACACUGAAGAUUUCAAACGAAACUAUUUCGAGCUUUGUCUCUCCUCGAGCGACAGUGCUAUUGCCAGUUGUCAACAAGAAGUCAAAGUGUUGUCAUUCCAUCAUCACGAUGUCAACAAGCAGCCAAAUACGCAUCAAACAAAUGAAUCGUUGAAAACCUACCGACCCAUGAAGACUCGUUUGAGAAAUGAAAAUAUCACCAUCAUUUCAUUUCCGUCAUCUAUGAAGAGUGAUGAUGGGAGUAGAAAUGUCAGUAGUCAAAGACAUCAAGAUAAGAAGAACAAGGUCUCAAAAACAAAAAAGAUGAAGGAGAGACUGUUGAGUGGCUCUCACAAUAGUAUUGCCUCUUGUGCGACUAGUUUUUCAAAUCAAACGUGUGCUGUGAAUAUUGGUUCCGAAAUGCAUGCUUCAUCAACGAACGCCACUUGUCAAAAAGAGACUUCUCCUCACAACGAUGCUUUUCCAAAUUCUCUACUUUGUCCCUUAACGAACGAGUUAAUUGCCUUGUAUUACAUUCUUUUCCAUUCCCUGCCUCCUAAUAACAACAACAAUUCAAUCCAUUCUUCAUCUCACAUUCAACCUCCAACAUUCGAACAAACUUCUCAAACCAUGAACGAAAGUGGUUUUCAUUUCAAAUAA